GGGAGUUGAAAGUGAGCAACAUGGCCGAAAUGUCUGGAAGAAUCAUUGAAGCACAAGAUAGUGAUGUCAGUCAGGAAUUGGACAGCCAGUCUUCUGCAGGAUCUGCUGUGAAUCGAAGAUAUGUUUUGCCAAGUGGAAGAAUCAUGCCAAACACAAUUUUUGUUGGUGGAAUUGAUUUUGAGAUGGGUGAAGAUGAAAUGCGAGGCUUCUUUACAAGAUAUGGUGCUGUGAAGCAAGUUAAAAUAAUCAGUGAUGGAGGUGGUGUUUCAAGAGGAUAUGGCUUUGUCUCAUUUCACAAUGAUGUGGAUAUACAGAAAAUUAUUUCUGAAUCGCAGAUUAACUUCAAGGGGAAGAAAUUGAAGAUAGGACCGGCAAUCAGGAAGCAACAGGAUUCAUAUCCAAUUCAUUUGGUCCAGGCAAGACCAGCUCCCAUUAUUACAUCACCAACUCCCUGUGUGUGCCAAAACACAGACACCUAUUUCCAGUCUCCUGGAUUUCCUGGGUCAGCUCUUCAGUAUGUACAGGCCUAUACAUAUCCCAGUCCUCCUGCUGUGGCAUUACAACAAGUCCAAGUGGGUUAUCCACAUCCUGUGUAUAAUUAUCAGGCAGCAACACAGUGGUCACCAGGGGGUCAAUGGAGAUGGAUGAUGCCUCAGCCUACUACAGGGGCAUACGUAAACUUUCCUUGUCCUGAAAUGAUUAAUCCAGGAACAGUGUUUGUACAGAGGGAAUGUGAUGCACAGCAAACUUCAACUUCACCUCUAGACACUGUGGAAAAGGAGAAGAGAGUGCACAGGUUUACAGUUUAGAAGUAGCCCAGCAGCGUCUGAAGUGAAGUAACUGGUCCUGUUUAUAGGAUGGAUGAAACUAACUGAUCUUUGCUAAUGUCAAUACCUAAAACUGGCUAAGUUAUUUCUGUUGGUUUUGUCAUAAAGAACUUUUGAUCAUGUAAAACUAAAAUCCAUUUUCCUACUGGAAGCAUUAGUAUGUUCCUGGACACAUGUUAAAUCACUCUUGGAUCUACAUUGACUGUAUACCCAUUUUAUAUUUCUGAUAUCUCAACUUCUAUUGUGCAAACUUGGAGUUAGUGUGCCCUAAGGUUGUAAUUUAUCUUGUAGGUUCCUUUUGGAAUUAUCUUUUCAUGAAGCUCAGUUAGUUGGUGAAUAUCCUGUGAACUACAGGUUUAACUUACACUCUGACUUUUUGUGACAAACUUGAAUUCUGAAUAAAAUGAGAUGCUAAUGGUAGUUUACAGUGGUGGCAACAUUGCCUUAAUGGUAAUACCACCAGAUUUCAGGAGAGCACAAUUAUUUUUCAGCCGCAGAGCUGCAUUAUAAGAAUGCAAAACCUUUUGUUUCAUUUAAAGUACCCAUUUGAACAAACUUUUACAAAUUGCAUAAAAUACCGGAGAAGCAGCUGGUUAGUCAGUAUCUGUGAAGAGAUCAGCCAUUUUGUUUCAAAUUUUUCUUUUUCAAUUUGCAGUAUUUUUCUUUAUUUCCCUUAAAGCAUAUUGUAUGGCUUCCAAAGAGGAGAAUGGUGAUAUCAACUUGCUGAUAAACAACAUUUUAUUUUAAAAAUUUAUUUCUUAAUGUAGCUGCAGAAAAAAAUUAAGUGAAGCUUUACCAUAAAUCUGGAGAAAUAGAUUUUAUUAUCACAGCAGAAGAUGCCACAUUGUAGUAGAAUUUCAAUAUUUAACAAAUAUUCAGAUGUACUGGACCAAAUAUUGAUUGUAACUUUGUAUUUUAUAUCCAUGCCAUCUUACACAGGUGACGUAACUUUUCGUACAUUAUAGGACUAAGGACUUAAAAUCACUUGUGCCUUCAUUUAAAAGCUCAGUUCUAACCUAAUCUUUUUAGCACAUACUUCCUCUUUUACUGUAUGUUAGUUUCACCGAAACAAUUGAACUGUGACCUACAGUAACUUAAUGGAUCUAUUUUUAAUAUUUUGAAUUUUAAUUUGGCCACUAAACUAAUAAUGGCUUUGCAAGCAAAUGAAACUUGACAAUACAAGCAACUUUUAUUUUACAAAAUUUGCCCAAUAUUUAGCUGCCAACACCAUUAUUUUUGAUCUGACAUUGUUUACUUUUUAAUUUACCUAAACAUAUUUUAGAGCCUGGACAGUUUUUCCUCUAAAUUGUGUUUGAUUGCUUUGUGCUCCCUGAAGUACUUAAAAACCUUGAAAUUUAAAGUGUUGAAGGCCAUUUUAUGUAGGCUUUAAUCUGAUUUAAUUAAAAUCUAUUCUAGAAGCUCUUUAAAUAAAACUCCUCUGGCUCCUUGUUCAUCUUUAUUCAAGUAAUAUUUAAUUGGAUUUACUACUUGCAAUUGACUUCCUUUAAAGCAGCCAUUUGGAGGAAUAUGCCUCUUAGAUAAAAUAGUCAAUCUACUACAUAUUUGAAUAUUGGAGUUUCUUACUUUGUAAAAUAAAGGUUAAUUGGAGCUCUUCAUAAAGUGUGUUUUAACCAUGCUAGACCUUGAUAAUCUGGAACCAACUUGGGCUUGUGAUUAAUAUUGUAACACUAAAGCCAAAAUCUAUUUUUGUGUACAGAAAAUAAAUGACAAAUCCAAUUUUAACUUUCAAUUAGGGAUCACAUUUUCCAGAGUUUAGCAGGGUCAGUACUUCCUUCAAGUUGUCUAGUAUAAAAUCAGUGGAAAAAUUUAAACUCUUCAGAUUUAAAAAAAAUCUUAAGCUUUGUUAGUGGUGAAACUUAAAAACAUUUUGUAGAACUGUGUAAAAGAAGCCAUCUUCCCUAUUGAUAAAAGCAAGCUGUCGUGAAGAAGAAUUUUCUAAGUUCUAGAUAAUAUGUGUGAAGAUUUAAUUUUUGAGUUUCUUGUCCCUGGUUAAAAUGUGGAAUGAAUGUCUUUUUUUGUGAAUGCUUUAAAGCCUCAUUUCUCCAAGUAUCAUAAUUUGUAAAUGUAAAGAUUUGCUGUUUUUAUAGUAAACAUGUUGAACACUAAAAUAUUGUUUUGCUUAAAUUUGUCUUGGUUUGGUAUGCACUUCUGUCCUCUUUGUGUUUGAACCAUUGUAAUUGUUUGGAGUAAUCUGCA